CACACCACUGUCAACCAGACAGGGCAGCAGAUCCUAUAGAGUAGCUGAGUUACGACGUCUGUCCCAAUGGCUUUCGUCCUCAGAACGGCCAUGCAGUCUGUAGGGCUUUCGCUCUCAUUACUAGGAUGGGUUCUGGCCAUUAUUACAACCUAUCUGCCCCACUGGAAGACCCUCAACCUGGAACUGAACGAGAUGGAGAACUGGACCAUGGGGCUCUGGACAUCCUGCGUCAUCCAGGAGGAAGUGGGAAGGCAGUGCAAGGCCUUUGACUCCUUCCUGGCUCUGCCAGCCGAACUCCAGAGCUCCAGGAUCUUGAUGUCUCUGUCGAAUGGGCUGGGGCUGCUGGGGCUGCUGGCCUCUGGCUGUGGCCUGGACUGCUCGAGGCUUGGAGAGACACAGAAGGGUCUGAAGAGGAGACUGCUCAUCCUGGGAGGGCUCCUGCUCUGGACUUCGGGCGUGAUGGUCCUGGUUCCUGUCUCCUGGGUGGCCCACAUGACGGUUCAGGAGUUCUGGGAUGAGACUAUGCCUGAGAUUGUGCCCAGGUGGGAGUUUGGGGAGGCCCUCUUCCUGGGCUGGUUUGCUGGCUUCUGCCUUGUGCUAGGGGGGUGUCUGCUGCACUGUGCAGCCUGCUCAAGCCCAGCUCCUCCAGCCUUGGGCCACUAUGCAGUGGCAGGAUUUCGAGACCAUGGUUCAUACCUGGAAAACGGAACUGCACAGCCUGAAGUGUAAGCUACCAACAGGGCACAGUCAUGUCCUUCAGCUGCUGACUGAAAGGUCUCUGUUAUGUAACUAAAUUGUGCUGCUCACUUUUUUUUUUUAAUUCAAUAACUGUUUUUUUCUUUUUGGGCUAUACAAGAGGUUUGCCUCUCAAACCGGAAGGAUGAAAGGAAGUCUAUAAGGCAAUGAUGAUGACAUUAUGUAGCUAUGUGUGGAAAAAACGUCAUUGAUUUGGUUAUUUAAUCCAGUGUGUGCUGGGAGUUGUCCAGUACAGUCAGUCCAGUGCUCUGACGUAUUCACUUUGUGGGAAAGCUGUGUCGCUGUUUGUAGCGGGAAAGAAUUACUUUCCACUUCCCAAAGAAACUAACAGUCUGCACUCUUUCAAGCAUUAGGAGAGCCACAGGCUAAAGCCAGUGGCCAAAUGUCAUCCAGUGUUUCUGCUCCUGCUUAGAUGUUCCCAGGAAACUGCUGAACUCUCCCAGGACUUUAGGAAGCUGGAUGUGCCUGGAUGUUCUGGAUGAACGACCAGAACAUUGUGGGCCUCUGCGAUUUUUAAGUGGUAGCCAAUCUCUGCCCUCAUCUCUCUACUCAAAAGCUUCAAGUUUAAAAAGAAAAAUAAAAAAUCCCAGGGGAAUUGUUUUCUUGUUAUUUAGAGUAUCAGUUCAUUUGUCAGA